ACCGGUGAUGGCACAAGGAUUUGCUCUUCGUGUUUAAGUAUGACAUCUCCGGUCUGAAGGUGUUAUACAUAUUGUGAACGCUAGUCGAUGGAUUUAUUAUCUUUAAUACAAGAAUAUUUUACCUGUACUUUCUCCAUAGGCUAGAAAAUCUUGAAGCAUGGGCGACUGGAGCUUUCUGGGGCGGCUGUUGGAGAACGCUCAGGAGCACUCGACGGUUAUCGGCAAAGUCUGGCUGACUGUCCUCUUCAUCUUCAGAAUCCUGGUGCUGGGGGCCGCGGCUGAAGAGGUCUGGGGCGACGAGCAGUCCGACUUCACCUGCAACACCCAGCAGCCCGGUUGCGAGAACGUCUGCUACGACGAGGCCUUCCCAAUUUCGCACAUCCGCUUCUGGGUGCUGCAGAUCAUCUUCGUGUCCACGCCGACCCUCAUCUACCUGGGCCACGUGCUGCACAUAGUCCGCAUGGAGGAGAAGCGGAAAGAGAAGGAGGAGGAGUUGCGCAGCGGCAAGAAGGAGAAGCCGCCAAUCAGGGAUGAACAUGGCAAAAUCCGCAUCAGAGGCGCACUGCUGCGCACUUAUGUGUUCAACAUUAUUUUCAAGACCCUGUUUGAAGUGGGAUUCAUUUUGGGCCAGUAUUUCCUCUAUGGCUUCCAGCUGAGGCCCCUGUACAAGUGUGCACGUUGGCCCUGCCCCAACACCGUUGACUGCUUCAUAUCGAGGCCCACUGAAAAGACUAUUUUUAUUAUAUUUAUGCUUGUGGUGGCUUGCGUGUCUCUUUUGCUGAAUUUGUUAGAGAUCUAUCACCUUGGAUGGAAGAAAGUUAAACAGGGCAUGACAAACGAGUUUGCCCCCGAUCGCGGGUCGCUGCGCUGCGUCAACAUAGCGGAGCCUGAGUGUUUGGCCUCGGGCUCCAGAACUGCCCCAUCCAGCCUCAGCUACCCUCCCAACUACACAGAUGUUACGGCGGGCAGCGGGGCGUUCCUGCCACCCAUGGGGCCCGCAGCUGUGCCCUCGGCAGCAGAGUUCAAGAUGGACGACCUCCAGCAAAAGGACUCCCUCCGCCAGCCCUCGCCCUCUUCCCAUUACUACAUCAGCAACAACAACAACCACAGGCUGGCCACGCAGCAGAACUGGGCCAAUCUGGCCACCGAGCAGCAGACUCGGGAGAUGAAGGCCGCCUCCCCUUCCCCAUCCCCCUCUUCCACCACCAGCACCGACAAUGAGCAGCAGCAGCCGCCCGUCGAUGCUGCGCUGCUCCUGCCCACCAGCAACACCACCAGUAACACCAACAUCACCAACACAACCGCGACUGCCGCCUCCAGCAGCAGCAGCAGCAGCCCAGGCGCCACCUCCAACGCGGGCAGCUGGGGCGGGGGGAAGAGCGAGCAGGAGGAAGGUCAUGUGACCACCACCACGGUGGAGCUGCACGAGCCUCCAGUAAUGGUCAGCACAGACCCUCGGCGGCUCAGUCGGGCCAGCAAGAGCAGCAGCGUCAGGGCCAGGCCGAGCGACCUGGCUGUUUGAAUCUCUUCCUUCACUUUCAUGUCCCCGAACCCUCCCUGACCAACAGCCCUCAUCCCUCGACCGCAGCCGGAACACAAAGAUUCUCAGACAAAAACACAACUAUCACACACACGCAUAAGAAAAG